AUGCCGCCUGCGACGGCAGACUUAGUGACAACAUGGGCGUUCCUGGAAGAAGGAGUUGACCAUAUCAUGACCAAACUUCAAACUGGCGUUUCCUACUCAAAGUACAUGUCUCUGUACACGGUGGCGUACAACUACUGCACGUCGAGUCGGAUGCAACCCUCAGCUGGCGGCGCAGAACAAGGUGGCUUAGCUGGACGAACAGGGGCGAACUUGAUGGGCGCAGAUCUAUACAACAACUUGAUCCGGUACUUCAUCACCCACCUGAAAGAGCUACGUGAAGCAUCUGACUCGCUGCAAGACGAAGCCUUGCUUACGUACUAUGCUGGGGAAUGGGACCGGUACACUACAGGCUCGAACUACAUCAACCGAUUGUUUACCUACCUGAACCGGCACUGGGUGAAGCGCGAGCGAGAUGAAGGUCGGCGAAAUGUUUACCCCGUUUACACGUUGGCGCUUGUGCAAUGGAAAGCCAACUUUUUCUUGCAUGUGCAAAGCAAACACCAGAAACUCGCCGGCGCCAUUCUGCGCUUGAUUGAGCGGCAACGCAAUGGGGAAACCAUCGACCAAGGUCUGAUCAAGAAAGUUGUCGACUCCUUCGUAUCCUUGGGCCUGGACGAGACCGACAUCAACAAGGUCUCAUUUGAAGUCUACAACGAUCACCUCGAAACGCCUUUCCUCGAAGCGACGGAGAAGUACUACAAGGCCGAGUCCGAGGCAUUCUUGGCAGAGAACAGUGUAUCGGAUUACCUCAAGAAGGCAGAAGAACGGCUGAAGGAGGAAGAGGAUCGCGUAGAACGGUAUCUGAACACGAACACGCGCAAAGCUUUGAUCAGCAAAUGCGAGCAUGUUCUAAUCAGGCAACACGCCGAGCUCAUGUGGGAAUCGUUCCAAGGCUUGCUCGACUUCGACAAGGACGAAGACCUUCAGCGGAUGUAUGCGCUUCUCGCGCGCAUCCCGGAGGGCCUUGAACCCCUGAGGAAGAAGUUUGAAGAGCAUGUGAAGAAGGCCGGCCUGGCUGCGGUGGCGAAACUGGUCGGAUCUGGGUCUUCCGAAGCAGAGCUUGAUCCCAAGGAUUACGUUGAUGCUCUCUUAGAGGUGCAUCAGAAGAACUCUGAGACCGUAACACGUAGUUUCAAGGGCGAGGCUGGUUUCGUUGCUAGCCUGGAUAAAGCUUGCAGGGACUUCGUCAACAAGAACGCGGCCACCGGCACCUCCUCAACGAAGUCUCCUGAACUACUUGCCAAGCAUGCCGAUCAAUUACUACGGAAAAACAACAAGCUUGCAGAGUCGGAAGACCUCGAGGGCGCGUUGAACCGCGUCAUGAUCCUCUUCAAAUACCUCGAGGAUAAGGACGUGUUCCAGCAAUUCUACUCUACCAAAUUGUCGAAGCGGUUGAUUCACGGCGCAUCCGCUUCUGACGAAGCGGAAGCGAGCAUGAUCGCCAAGCUCAAGGACGCUUGCGGUUUCGAGUACACCCAGAAGCUGCAGCGCAUGUUCACCGACAUGUCAUUGAGCAAGGACUUGACCGACCAGUUCAAAGAACGUAUGACACAGAACCACGGGGACAUGGACCUGAACUUUUCGGUGAUGGUCCUCGGCACCAACUUCUGGCCAUUGAAGCCGCCCGAACACGAGUUCAUCAUCCCGAAGGACAUCCUUCCAACGUACGAGCGGUUCUCGAAGUACUACCAGCAGAAGCAUUCCGGGCGGAAGCUGACGUGGCUGUGGAACUACUCCAAGAACGAGCUUCGGACGAACUACACGAACCAGAAGUACAUUCUGAUGACCAGCUCCUACCAGAUGGCCGUGCUCGUCCAAUACAACGACAACGACACGCUCAGCUUGGACGAGCUGAUGGCAGCUACCUCGAUCAGCAAAGACAUCCUCACGCAGGUAUUAGCGGUCCUGGUUAAGGCCAAGAUUCUCAUCAACGAGGAGACGGAUCAAUAUGACCUCAAUCCCAACUUCAAAUCAAAGAAGAUCCGCGUGAACAUUAACCAGCCUAUCAAGGCUGAGCAGAAGGCGGAGAACUCCGAAGUGAUGAAACAUGUCGAUGAGGACCGCAAAUACGUGAUACAAGCAACGAUUGUUCGGAUCAUGAAGGCGCGAAAGACAAUGAAGAACCAAGCGUUGAUUCAAGAGGUUAUAUCGCAGAUUUCGCAACGUUUCGCCCCCAAGAUCCCGGACAUCAAGAAGGCUAUCGACACGCUCAUGGAGAAAGAAUACAUGGAACGAGUUGAAGGAACUCGAGACACGUUCGCGUACAUUGCAUGA